CAGACGCCCAGCUGUACUCCUCAACAGAAUCGCUGAGAAACGAAGAGCAAAGACCCCAAAAACAAAAGCCGAUUUUCAUCGACCGUCACUAUGAUUGCGAAAAAUCGAAUUCUGCGGACAAGUGCUCUGGGAAUACUCCUGGCCACCUGUGGCCUGACCGCACUGAUUUACAUGGAGGUGAUCCAGCGCUUGGUGCUCCAGUGGUUUAUGGUGCUUAAGCCGGGUGCAUUUAUCACCGAUCUGUGGCAAUCGCCGUCGAUGGAUAUAACCGUGGACCUGUACAUAUUCAACUGGACAAAUUCAGAGAGCGUAAGCGAUCCCACUGUGAAGCCAAGAUUCGAGGAGCUUGGGCCCUAUCGCUUCACAGAGCGAAUGCAAAAGGUCAAUGUGCAGUGGCAUGAUCACAACUCCACAGUGUCCUAUAUGCGUCGAAGUCGCUUCGAUUUCGACCCGGAACACAGCGCCGGACGCCCUUCGGAUCCGAUUGUAGCUCCCAACGUGCUCAUCGUGGGUAUCUACCAGAAGAUGCUAUUAUGGAGUCCAAUGUUGCGAUCCCUUAUGCUCAUGGCCCUAAACUUUUAUGGCAAAGAACGCACCAUGGUACGGCGCGCCGGAGAUUGGUUGUUUGACGGAUUUGACACGCCACUGAUCAAGAUGAGCAAGUUGGUGCCACCAAGUCUAGUGCCGGAGGUGGACUUUCCCUACGAGAAAAUCGGCUACGGUUAUCCACGCAAUGGCAGUAUGGAAAUUUAUGGCCACCACAACGUCUACACGGGCCAAGAUGACUUCAAGAAGUUGGGCCAAAUAGCUCGAUGGCGCUACAACAACUUCACGGAAGCCAGUCCCCGGUGCCAGCUAAGAGGUAGCACCGGGGAGUUUCAUCCCAUUCCGUUGGUGAAGGGCAGGCCAAUCUCAUAUUUCCUGCCAGACCUGUGCCGCGAGAUACAGGUGGACUACUCCGGCACCACCAUCUUUAAGGGCGUGGAGGCAUACGUCUACAGGGGCAGUGCCCGUAACUUUGCCAAUGGUACCGACAAUCCGGAACACAAAUGCUACUGCCAGGAAAACUGCCAAGAGGUCAGAUCCGGUCUCCUGAACAUAUCAUCCUGCUGGUACGGAGCGCCAGUCUUUGCCUCCUAUCCCCAUUUCUUCAAAGCCGAUCCCUACUACGGGGAGCAUGUGGAGGGCAUGAAGCCCGACAAGGAUCGCCACGAGAUGGUCAUUAUGUUGGAGCCCAUUACAGGCAUGAUGCUUGAGAUCAAGGCUCGCAUUAUGGUUAACCUGCUAGUGGAACCCAAACACGUAUCAGUGUACAGAAACUCAAGAAAGACCUUCUUCCCACUGAUUUGGGCGGACUACAAUGUGCACAUUACGGAUGACCUCCUGGGCUAUUUGAAGCUUAGACCGAUCCUCGAAACGGUGGGCAAGAUCUGCUGUAUCUUGGGAGUUACCCUGGGCGUGCUGAUGGUUUUCUGGUACCCGCACCAGCUGUUCUGGCAGAAGCGCCUGAUACACAAAAUCGAGAUCAACACUUUGGAGACGAACAGGAUCUCCGUUGAUCCAACCAAGAGCAGUGGAGUGGAGGAUUCACCACUGCUGAAUGGACUGCAAUAUGUUGGUGUCAAGGAAGGGGAGGGCUGUGCCCUUUGAGAACUGGUUCUGGUUAAGGUUAAGUCACGUCGUAGGGUUAAGUUCGCAGGGUUUUAUCUAGCCUAGUCUGUACAGUCUUAGGGACAGUUACUCAGUGUCCAUUUAGAGUGAUUAAAAUUUACAAAUAUACUUUAAAACAUGUAUUGCUUGAUUUAUAAAGCCUUUGAAAACGAAUUUCUGACACAUAAUACUCAAAGCAUCAGAACUAUUGACUGGACAUUGAGAAAUUAAGCCCCGAAAAACAAAUUUUGUAUACUGUAACCGUCCGAUAAAUGUUCAGAAACAGAUUCAUUCCAAUAAAGGGUAAAAGGUGUUUA